GCUACUUCUGGACUGCACGCCACUGAGAAGCGGCUAGGUUUGUGUUUAUGGGUACCUUUUUCAUGUCGAUAGCGAAAUGCUGUUCAACAAGCCCAGCAAGUUCAAGUCGAACUGAGGUUCGGUGGAUUAUACCAAAAAGAGCAGUAAAUGAAGAUAAGUUCACAUUGCUAUUAUUGUUUGGGUUUUUAGACUGAAAUUAUUUUCCUUAACGUGUCACUAACACACUCCUCCUCCCUACAGCUAUGUCUCUCUUUUGCUGUCUCCAUCUGUUGGACAUUUACUUUUCAACGGAACAAGGACACAAAACCUAAAACAGGAGAAAAUGAAACCUCUGCAAAAAGUUAAUUACUAUCUUCUUGUAUUGGCUGGACUCUCAUUUGCAGGGCUCAUAUAUUUGGGCUACACCUCCUCCUCCUCCAUUGGAUUUAAAGUACCAAGAGCCUGCUUUAACAUAGCAAAGAAAUACCCGGAAAGUGCUGGCUUGCGGUUGCCAGAAGGGCUUUCAUACAAUCAGUCCAGCGUAGUGGGCCCAGAUGGCAAAGUUGCUCAUGUAACACCAUGGUUAGCCCCAAUUGUUUGGGAAGGAACUUUUGAUCCCACACUGAUUGAUCCGGUCUACAAACAACAAAACAUCACUAUAGCGACUACAGUCUUCGCUCUCGGAAAAUACACAGUAUUUCUCAAAGAUUUCAUGGAGUCUGCAGAGCAGAAUUACUUUGUUGGAUUUCAUGUGCACUAUUAUAUCUUCACCGACCAUCCAGAAGAGGUUCCUGAUGUGAAACUGGGUGAAGGACAUCAGUUGACGGUGAUGACAGUUGGUAGUUCUAACAGAUGGCAGGAGAUGACGCUGCGGAGAAUGGAGAGGCUGGAGAAACUAAUAGAAAGUCGAUUGGUGAAUGAAGCUGACUAUGUUUUCAGCCUUGAUGUAGAUUCAAAGUUCUACGCCCGCUGGGGUGUAGAGACUUUGGGUCGUCUUGUAGGCGCAAUUCAUCCUGGUUACUUUAAAGCACAACGUGAGCAUUUACCAUAUGAGCGAAGGCCUGAGUCUCAAGCGUUUAUCCCUUAUUCUGAUGGUGAUUAUUAUUAUGGUGGAGCUGUGCUUGGUGGUGCAGUGAAAGAUGUAUAUGAGGUUGCUAAAACCUGCAGAGAGCAGCUGGACAUUGAUGCAGCUAAAUCUAUUGAGGCAGCAUGGCAGGAGGAGUCCCAUUUGAACAAGUACUUCCUUUAUAACAAACCAAGCAAACUGCUUUCACCCGAGUACCUGUGGCAAGCCCACUUACCGCAGCCAAAGGAGGUCAAAAUCAUUCGUUCUUGUCAUGUUAUUAAAAAUUAUGCUGCUGUUCGCCCAAACCCAUAGUUUACUGAAAUGCAACAGAUUUUAUGCUUUAUAUUUUAAACUGGUGUAAUUUUAAUGUUUUUAAAGUCUUUAGCAAAAACUGCAGCCAAAUAUAUUUCUCAUACAUCAACAUCUGAAGUGACCAUUUGCUGCUGAAAAAAAGCCAUGUAGAUAAAUGUAUAGUGUUGAUUUAAAACAGUUUUAUGGUUAAAAAGAUUCAGAAACUAUUAUUGUUAUACCCCAAUACCUUAUCAAAACUAACAUUUUCCUUCAGUAAACUUAAAUAAAACAUAAUUUGUCUACUAAUUAUAAACUCUGAUUAAAACUCAGUUACAGGUA